AUGUCGCAGCACCUAAAUCCUCAGGUCCAACAAGGACCCCCCUAUCUUCCCCAGGUGUGGAUGUCGGGGGGACUGGCCACGGCCAGCACCGAUAUCCCCAUCUCAGCUGUGUUCCUAGCUCUGUUCGUCGCCGGCGCCGCCACGCACAUGACCAUCUUCCAGAAAAACAAACGAAGAGGCCAUAAAUUCAUCUUCUCCGCCCUCCUCUUUGGCUUCUGCAUGGCCAGAAUCACGACCCUCGUCGUCCGCAUCGUGAGCAUCACCCGGCCACGCAGCAUCUCAACCGCCAUCGCCGCCCAGAUCUUAGUCCUCGCCGGCGUGCUGCUGCUUUUCAUCAUCAACCUCAUCUUCGCGCAGCGUAUUAUCCGCGCCCAGCACCCGCACUUUGGCUGGCAUCGUGUCUUUUCGGCCUUAUUCAUCGGCCUCUACGUGCUGAUUGGCGCAACGCUUGUCAUGACCAUCACCGUGACGGUGAUGACAUUCUACACGCUGAACCCGAACACGCGGCGGAUCGCUCGCGGCAUCCAGCUAUACGCGGUGACAUACCUGGGGUUCGUGGCAACGCUCCCGCUGCCGAUGGUGUUGAUCGGGGUGGUGUUGCCGAAGAAGACCAGGGUUGAGAAAUUCGGCUCGGGCAGGUUUCGGACGAAGAUCUUCGUGCUGCUUUCGGCGACCAUGCUGCUCGCUUUCGGUGCGUGGUACCGUGCGGGAUCAUCGUACAUGAACCCGGUACCGCGGACCCAGCCAUUGCCGGCUUACCACCACAAAGCAGCAUUUUACAUCGUCAAUUUCGGCGUGGAGAUUAUCGUGGUUUGGCUCUAUGUCUUGCUCCGUAUCGAUCGACGAUUUAUAACCCCAAAUGGAGCAAAGGGUGAGAGAUCGUACGCUGCAGGGCCAACAAAUACUCUCGCAAAGGAACCAGAAUCGGCGAUUAUCCAUACAGAGGAGGAAACCUUUGACUAUCAGCCACAGUGA